AUUAAGACUACAUUGACGAAUCAGUCUUGUAGAGGAAAGCAAUUGCGACUACACGCUCUUGUUCGAACACAUAAUGCGUUUAACAAUUUUAAUAACUGUUUUAUUAAUAACUUUAUACAAUGUGAAGGGUGAUCACUUAGUAUUAGGUAAUAUUGGGGUUCGGACCUCGUUGGCGCAUGAGAAGAUAGUCACUUACAACCCCUUUCCCUUCUUGAAGAGGGUUAAAACCUAUUUCUACAGCGAUCCGCGUAAUCGUCCGAUAGUGGGCAUCCAAGUGAUCGACAUGUUACACAGCAAAGCUUCCGUGAACAUAACAGCCGGCGGGCUCGGACAGCCUUUCGUCAAUUUGCGAAUGAAGAGCGAGCGAGGCUCAGGCCUGAAUUACAGCAUCGGGAUAUACGUCAAUCCGGACUAUCAAUAAAUACUUAGUUAAAAACUAAAAUACUUCAUGUACUUUAUUUAUUUGUACUUUUUAUGUAUGUUAUGUAUAAAACACUAUUAAAAUACUAGCUGACCGGCAAAAGUUGUUUUGCCUUCAAAUUA